GGGGUCACGUGGGCGCCGACUGCACGGCUGGCGGCCCAGGGCGCUCCGCGGCCUCCAGCUCCCGGGACCGCCGCCCCUGCCCCUCGCCAGCGCCUCUGCCAGGUGCGCUGCCGCCAGGUACGCCCCAGCCAGAUACGCCUUCCUUGAGCCCCCUCUGCGGCCUGCUCCAGGUGCCCCUGGACGCGCCAGGCUGGGGCCGCCUCUAAGUGCCCCGCGGGGGCCAUGGACGGCGAAACAGCAGAGGAGCAGGGGAGUCCUGCGCUCCCUCCAGUUGCACACGGCGGACCCAGCUUGAGCGGUGCUCUGGCUUGCGGGGGGCGGCGGGAGCCCAAGAAGUACGCGGUGACCGAUGACUACCAGUUGUCCAAGCAGGUGCUGGGCCUGGGUGUGAACGGCAAGGUGCUGGAGUGCUUCCAACGGCGCACCGGGCAGAAGUGUGCCCUGAAGCUCCUAUAUGACAGCCCCAAGGCCCGGCAGGAGGUGGACCACCACUGGCAGGCCUCUGGCGGCCCCCACAUUGUACGCAUCCUGGACGUGUAUGAGAACAUGCAUCAUGGCAGGCGCUGUCUCCUCAUCGUCAUGGAAUGCAUGGAAGGUGGUGAAUUGUUCAGCAGGAUUCAGGAGCGUGGCGACCAGGCUUUCACCGAGAGAGAGGCUGCAGAGAUCAUGCGGGAUAUUGGCACUGCCAUCCAGUUCCUGCAUAGCCAGAAUAUCGCCCACCGAGAUGUCAAGCCUGAAAACCUGCUCUACACGUCCAAGGAGAAAGAUGCGGUACUUAAGCUCACUGACUUUGGCUUUGCCAAGGAGACCACCCAAAAUGCCCUGCAGACACCCUGCUAUACUCCCUAUUAUGUGGCCCCUGAGGUCCUGGGUCCAGAGAAGUAUGACAAGUCAUGCGACAUGUGGUCCCUGGGUGUCAUCAUGUACAUCCUCCUGUGUGGCUUCCCACCCUUCUACUCCAACACGGGCCAGGCCAUCUCCCCAGGGAUGAAGAGGAGGAUACGCCUGGGCCAGUAUGGCUUCCCCAAUCCUGAGUGGUCAGAGGUCUCUGAAGAUGCCAAGCAGCUGAUCCGCCUCCUGCUGAAGACAGACCCCACGGAGAGACUGACUAUCACACAGUUCAUGAACCACCCCUGGAUCAACCAAUCGAUGGUGGUGCCACAGACCCCGCUCCACACAGCCCGAGUGCUGCAGGAGGACAAAGACCACUGGGAUGAAGUCAAGGAGGAGAUGACCAGUGCCUUGGCUACCAUGCGGGUGGACUACGACCAGGUGAAGAUCAAGGACCUGAAGACCUCUAACAACCGGCUCCUCAAUAAGCGGAGAAAAAAGCAGGCAGGCAGCUCCUCGGCCUCACAGGGCUGCAACAACCAGUAGCUCAUGGGGCCUUGGAUGAACCAGGCCUCUCAGCCUGGGUGACAGACUGGAGUGUGCUGAGGCCCUGGCCAGGAGGGCCCAGGGUCAUUCUUGUAACAAAAGGAUUAUUUUGUUGUGUUUUAAUUUGUCACUUGAAACUUCAGGAUGGAGGACCCUGACCCAAAACCUCCUUCAGAGCUCUGGCCCAGGCUCAGGCUGAGAGGGUCAGAGCCUAGAGGCUAAGGAGCUGCCUGCUGCAACUGCAGCACCUUUUGUCAGGGUGGCCUGAGUGAUGCCUCAGCUCUGUCCUCCCUGGGGCAUGGCCUUAGCCUUCUAGGCCACUGGGAGUUGUGGCUAGGCUUCCCUUCUUCUACGGAGACACCCCACUGUGGGGUGGGCAGAUGGGCCGGCCUUGAGAAAGGCAUUGGGCCAUCGGUUGCCAUGGUGACCAGGGAUAGUGCUGCUGUCUGUGACUGCAGAGCAAGUGAGCAAGGGAGGGAGGAGGGGCAGUCGAGAGUCCACCUCUGCCUUCUUAGAGAGCGUGGUUUCUCACACUGGCUGCCCCUCUCACGUUCACCCCUCUUUGGUCUCCCUGACCCUGCAGGGUCCAGUCUGCCUGCCUCCCUAGGUGGUCCAGCCCUGCGUUGCUGCAGCCCCAGCCCAGAGGGCACUCAGAGCUGUCCCCAGAGGGAGUCCCUGGGCCCAGCCAUUUUGUCACUACCCCAUACCCAAAGGGUGGUUUUGUUUUUUGUUGUUGUUUUUUUUUUUUAAUCUCAACUGAGGGUGAGGGGUAUUCUUAACCCUUUUCCACUUUGGAAAAUUUCACUGUGACAAAAUCCAGUACACUUCCCUUGCCCCUACCUGCUCACCAGAUCUCAGGCAGGAAACCCCCUGUCUGUUCCUGGCAGGGGCUACCUUUUGGUGCGCUUUUGUGAAAGUGGAUGGUUGGAGGUGGGGCCAAGAGGCUUCCCAUUAACCAGGCAUCUCUUUCUAUCCUCUGGGUCAGACCUGAGGGGCUAGGAGGCUACUGAGCAGUGCCCCCUAGAAGUCUGGUCUCACUUGGCUCGGGCUUGCAUCCAAGCAGAGAGGACGACCCCUUUCUGGCUGAUCCAGGCUUACCCCUCCCCAUGCUGCCCCAGGUAGCCUCAGGGUGCUGAGUGCCUGGUAUGGGCUGACAAGUGCCUGACACCCAGCCUAGUUCCUGGUUCCUGGCCCCUCUCUCACUGGCUGGGAAACCCUAGGCCAGCAGAUAGGGCAACACUGCUGGGUUUUACAUCUAGAUAUUAAUAAACACCAUUUUGGCAUUUA